UUUAUUAUUUUAUCGGACUCACUUAUAUAUUUAAUAAAGACCAAAGACUUUUAUGAAGAUGUCAGAAAAAAACCAGAACUUUUAAAUCGGAUGGAUACAUCAAAUUUAUCACCUGAUCAUCCAUGUUACUCAGUAGAACGCAAAAAAGUUCCGGGGACAUUCACUGAUGAAUUAGCCGGUCUUACGAUGCAUGAGAUAAUUGCAUUGCGAUCAAAAUUGUACGGGUUCAGCAAAGAAAACAUUUAUAAGUCUCUGGAAACAGAAUGGAAUACAGAAGAAAAAAUAAAAGCUAAAGGUAUAAGAACUUAUGUAACUCAAAAACACAUGGUUCUUGACGACUUUAAAAGAUGUCUUUUCGAUGAUGACAGUGAUGAUGCAUACAGAGAGAAUAUAUCUAUACGAUCAUUCAAACAUCAAAUUUGUACCAUCAAAACAAUGAAAUUAGCACUAAACCGAAAUGAUGAUAAGAGGAUCAUACUUCAUGACAGAAUUCACACUUUAGCGAUUGGUCAUUAUAAAAUCAAAGAACUUCAAGAGGCAGGCGGAUUAUAAGAAUGCAAC